GACUGUCAAACAAAAACACAAAGAAGAAAACUUGUGCGACAUGGCAGUCCGCUCAUUUUACUUAGAUUGUAUGCUCACGUAAAUUUAGCAGUCAGCAGUGUAAAAUGUCUACCAGGGCUUUGCGGAGGCUGAAAGGCAAACAGCGAGCACAAGAGGCGGUUGUCGUCGAGGAGCUAACUUUGCCAGAUAGCCCCGAUGAGCUUGCUGAAAGUGAGGAAGAGCAGCUGCUCACGACCACUGUCAGUCCAGCGUCACGUCGGAAUGGCAGUAAUCGAAAGUCAAAAACAAACAAGGAUCGUAAAGACAUCGGUGCUGUUUUGGGAAUGAUAAGUGAUACUGAAAAAGCCUCCGCCGAUGAAGAUCCAGAGAAACGAGAUGGAAACAAAACAAGUGACACGGGAAAUAAUGACAGCAAAGAAAACUGCAGUCGAGGGCCAAAUGAGCCCAUGUCCAGUGUUAAGAAAAAGAAGAAGAAAAAGAAGACAAAAGUUAAAUCUGAAAUCGUACAGCAAGGACAAUCACCAGAUGACAACAUUGAUUUAUUGCUGGAAAACCUGGGCCAGUCCAAUGGUUUGACUCUACAAAAUGACUGUGGUGGCUGUGACAGAAGACCUGUUCUACAUGUGGAGCACAGGAAUCUGAACCCAGAGACGGAGCUAAAGAAAUAUUUUGGGAGUCGAGCAGUUUUGGGGGAUCAGAGACCGCGACAACGCAAUCGACAGUUUCAUCGAAAUACGUGGAUGACCGGUCCCAAGGAAAGUUGGCCUCGAUUCAGUCGCCCAGGAAUCUCAAUGACCUUACUUGAGUCAAAAGAUGGUGUUCAAUACUUCACCUUUGAGCACAGUCGUGACUACCAACAAGUACAGUUCAAGUUCUUGGAUGCUGUCGAGUCUAUGGAUCCAAACAACCUUGUGGCUUUGCUGCAGCUGAAUCCCUACCACAUUGAUUCCUUGCUACAACUUUCUGACGUCUGUCGUAUACAAGAGGAUCAGGAGAUGGCCAGGGACCUCAUUGAGAGGGCCUUGUACAGCUUUGAGUGUGCGUUUCAUCCUGUAUUUAGUCUGACCUCUGGCGCCUGCAGACUGGAUUACCUCAGACCUGAAAACAGGGCAUUUUAUCUUGCUCUUUUCAAGCACAUGAUGUUCCUUGAGAAGAGAGGAUGCCCCCGGACAGCUUUAGAGUACUGCAAAUUGAUCUUGAGUUUGGACCCGGACUCUGACCCACUUUGCAUGCUGCUACUUAUUGAUUUCCUGAUGCUACGUUCCAGGCAGUAUGACUCUCUUAUUCAACUUUAUGAGGCCUGGGAGGAGCACAGAAAUCUGUCCCAGCUGCCAAACUUUGCAUUUUCCACCGCGCUCUGCCAUUUCCAUCUCAGUCAGCAGGAAGAAAUGAAGCCUGAAGAAAGUGAUCGAGUAAAACGCAAAGCUGACCAAAUGCUACAGGAUGCGCUCAUCAUGUUUCCUGCAGUCUUAAUGCCUUUACUGGAUCUAUGCACUGUGCAGCCAGAUGCCAGUGUAACCUCACAUGCGUACUUCGGCCCAAGCAGUCAGAUUGGACAACGGCCAGCCUUGGCUGAACUGACUGCUCUGUAUGUGGGGAGGAUGUACAACCUGUGGAGGGAAGCAGCAGUCAUGCUUUGGUUGGAAGAGAGUGUGCAGGAAGCACUACGUCGAAUUGAUGCAAAUGACCCACUGGUGGAGGACUGCAAGAACAAAAGAAAGCAGAGGUACCAGAGUGCUCCACGGAACAUCCAUCGCCACGUUCUGCUGUCUGAGAUCAAAGAAGCCACGUCCAGUCUGCCUCUGGAGGUGACGACUCAACCCAUGAUGGGAUUUGACCCCCUCCCGCCAGUGGAUUCUGUGAUCUCGUACACCAGACCAGAGAGACAACAUGUUGGAGCAUCCAAUGAGAGCACGCUGUCGCUGUUUUUCCGUUCCCUUCUGCCAAACUUCAACCUCCAGGGUGGGCCAAGGCAGGAGGAGGAGGGUGACAUGGAGGUGGCUCGGGCUGGACAAGAGCUAAACCAAGAAGUGAAUCGCCUCAUGGUGGCAAUGAGGGACAUGCUGGCAAACAUCAGGUUUCAAGAGCCGCCACGAGAGGACCAGCAUUUUAGAGACGAGGAAGAGUGGGACUGAGUGAGGAUGUCUUGGAAACUCAGAAGAACAGCUCAUCAAGAAAACGUCUGGGACGAAAAUAAAAUGCUGCCAAAUGAGCUCCUUCAAAAAGAGGUUCCUCUCAAUUUUUCUUUUUCAAACUUCUGUCCGAUCAUUUUUACAGAUUUACAUUAUUUGAUUGAAAAUUGUCAACCCCAAUUAAAAAAAUCUAUUUUAAUGCAUUUAUUGACAGUAAUCUUAUGAGAUCUUUUAGCCGUUCCUGAUACUAUGGCCCCUGAGUGAGAUUCAAAGAUAUUCUUUUCUGUCUAAUUGUUAAUCUGCCAUAUGGUUUGUAUCGGCCAGAAUACAGAAUGACAGGGCCUUGCUCUUCUGUCAAAGAUCUACGAAACUACAUAUGAUAAAACAUCUACAUGAUCCGCUUUGUGGGCAAUUUGCUCUGGUUACAGUAAUCUAAAAACAGCUUUCCUAAACUUUACCUGCUCCACUUUCCAUAUAUUAUCUGUUUAUUCUUAAUGCACUAAUGAAGAGAUGACGGUGUACUUGAUUCUCAAAUGAUUUCAUUGUUCUCACUUCAUCUGGAGCUACAAAGGAAGUAUUUGAGGACUGCUCAUGUGAUCUAAAUACGGUUUAGAAAUCAUCUCAUAAGUCGUCCCCAGAAGAAACAGCCUCUGACUGUUGCAGCCCUGAUGGCCCCACCACUCCUGUACAGCCUCCCGGUAAUAAUUCCAAAGGACACAAACCGACGCACUUGAUGAGGCUGAAACUAUGAAGCUUGCUGGACUUUUUUUCUUUGGUGUGUUUUCACCACUGAAUCUCCACACAUUUGACCAACAUUUACCAACAAAUACAAAGUAAAUUGGA